AUGCAAUCUGGUGGUUGCAACUUGCUGUAUAUGGAGAACACGCUAGAGAACCUUGUGCACCAUGUUCGCCGCUGCAAGCCUGGCGACAAGCUGCUGAUCGAUGGUUGGCACCAUCGGCACCAUCAGCAGAAUGAGCCAUCCUGCUCGCAUGGCUUCAUCCUGAUUCGCCGCAAAGGAAACCCGCAAUAUGACCUACCUCACGCCUACAGUGUAUCCCGGCGGAAUGAGCGCAGAGCAGUGCGGGCUGGCCAAAUCUUUUGGGUCGAUGGCCCCAACAAACGUGUACGAGCAAAAGUACCCGCUCGUCCAGUUUUCAUACCAUCUGGAUGCCAUAGCGUCUGA